GUGCUCGAGAAGAUGAUGCUCAGAGCUGGUUUGCGGACCGAAGUGGAAUUGUUUUGGAAGACAGUUUUCAUUUAGAAACUCGGAUACCGCGUCUGAUAACUUCUGCGCGUGUAGCCUUUACUGGUCGCGCGCUCAAUAAGGACUCUGGUAAAAAUGGCCAAACUGUUUCCUGAUGUUCUUUUGUUAAUUGUGAGUUUGUUAAACGUUUUGACCCUGGGAGAGCUGCACUCGUCUCCAGGUUUCCCUGAAGAUUUGAAGAGCGUCAUACAUCAGCAGACAAAAGCAGAGCUGGCUUCAGCGUCACGCGGCCACACCAGAACCAAGCGCUGCACUUGCUACUCUUUUAAGGACAGGGAAUGUGUCUAUUACUGUCACUUGGGCAUCAUCUGGAUCAACACCCCACAGCGCACAGUCCCGUACGGCAUGUCCAGUUACCGCAGUCCUCAGAGACUGAGGCGCUCCAGUGGGACCGUGAGGAUGGCGCUUCGUCGCUGCACGUGUGCGGACCACAGUGACGCCCAGUGCUACAACUUCUGCGACGCAAGAACAAAGAAUGGGCCAGAGAGAAGAUUGAUAGGACGUUCACCUGGAUAAAAUCACGUCACACCUCAGGCCUCUGAAAUCAGGACGGAUGACCAACAUCAAACCGGGCACCUAACUAGUCACAGCUUUUGGAUAUUUUACCGUUUUGGAUUGAAUCCUUCCCCACAUUCCUCACCGUGUUAUAUUUCCUGGAACGACCUUGACUCAUCUGGUCCACGGUAACAAGUGAAUUCUUUAGAAAACUCUUUGCAGAUUUCGGAAGCAUAUCUAGGACCCGCGUCCUUUCUUCAAGGGUUAUAUUCACUUGUUUCAGCCUGACUUUACAUCUAAUACAAAUAUUCAGUGGAUGUCCUUGAAUUCGGGAGUCUCGCGGCAUUGGAAAUAGACCUGUAAAAUAGACUCGGCAUUAUCUCAACUCCGGGCUGAUUUUCAGAGAGCGCACGGAGGGAUUACUGGGUGAAGAUGGAGAUGAAGUCGGCCUUGAACUGUUACGUGUACCGAGGCUCCUUCACUUCGGCUGAUAGCAGGAAAUUAAACGUUUAACAUUGUUAUUUUGGAUGAACUGUUAGGAACUCGAAGUCUCCUGAGAGAAAGAUUGCCAGAUUAACCGCCGCAAUUUUCAACCUCCUGAAAUUAUCCUCUACAUUUUUGCUCACUCCAGCAAAAUGUAUCCCUUUUCCACAACAAGAUAUGACAUUUUAUAUUCCUAGGAUGGCUUUGAGUUUAAAUGUUAUUAUUCAUGCAUGAAAUAAUGGGUCCAGUGAGGCCAAUACUGAAAGCUGAAUAUUAAACUGAAUGGUCUAUUACUCUAAUGCUACAUAUAUAUUGAAUAUAUAUAUAUAUAUUGAAUAUGUAUAUAUGUACAAUGUUGGGGGUAACGUAUUACAAGUAACACAAGUUAAGUAAUCAGAUUACUUUUUUCUAGUAAGUAACGCAUUACUUUUUAAUUUACAAGAAAAUAUUUAUUGUAAAUAAAAAUAAGAAGAAGAAGAAGAGCACCAGUUAUUUUGUUUUUACCAUUUAUUGACUGACAAGUUUCCUGUCACGUUGGGAGAAACCAGAAGUGCGGAGGUGUUGUGUGCGCUGUGUGAUACAGUGCAGUUCUAGACUAAACGUCACCUCUCUCGCAGUUCAGUUCAGUUUUCGUUAAAAUUUAUUACAAAUUCAGAAUAUGUUGCAAACCUGUAAUAAUUAAAUAUGUUAAAUAACACAAACAUGUCUAACCCAGUAACCCAACCAUACUAAUAAGCAAAAAUAACUUUAGAUAAACUAACAAUUGUUUUUAAUUCUUCUCCUGCAUUCUACUGUAAAGACACACAUUUACUUUCCCUUAGUGUG